AUGGCCGCCUUCGGAUUCAUCGCACUUCUCCCAUUCAACUUGAUACUCACCGAGUUGGACUUCCUCAGCGUCAGCUUUCAGCAUCACUAUGCUGCUGCCCUAUCCUUCCUCUAUGCGAUUGCAGUUAACAUCGUUCAAAUCCUCCUCAUUUGGUAUGGGAAUCGGUUCCCAUUCAAGCCUAGGAUCAUCCUCGGAUGUGUCUUGAUGGCCGCGGGUACUAUGCUUACGGCUGUUGUAGCGAUAGCAGUGGGCAACUCCACGGUGGCUUUCUCCUUGGCUCUCAUCUGUAUGUUCGCCUUGGGCGUAGGGUACGCUGUAUUCGAGCCUACCGCUCUGGGUAUUGCUGCUUUGUGCCCCCCAUCAUGUACUCUCAGUAUUAUGGUUGGGGAAGGCAUCGCUGGGUUGCUCCCUUGGCCUAUGUACGAACUUUUCAACCUCAUUUUGCGGUCGGCUGGGAUAUCAGCAGUUCCCGAAUGGAGAUGUCUCAUACUUUUUACCAUCGGAUCAGUACUCGCAUUGGCGAUGAUACCAGUAUACGCACUAGGCACUGCAAGACAUCCCUACGUUGUCAAAGUGUUGGAAAUCGAGCAGAAUAGGAGAGUUUCAGGUCUUCACGUACGGCAGACAAGGAGACCAGUUCUGGCGAUCCUGCGGGAUGUUGCUCCUAUGGGUGUAUGUGUGUGGUUGGCAAUGGCUAUAACGUUCAUAAUAUUCCCGGCGCAAAGCGUCCUUUGGCAACCACAGAGCCCUUCGAAUGUGAACUUUGUAGCUCAGGUCACUUUUACAUUUCAAGUGCUGGAUACCGUCGGAAGGGCGGCACCAAGUUUUCUCCCAACUUUAGACGGGUGGAAACUUUUCUUCUUUACAAUCGCUAGGGCCUGUUUCAUCCCGUUGUUUGUCUGUACUGCCAAGUACCCCAACGCUACUCCCUUCACUUGGGAUUGGUUCAAACACUUAGAAAUGGCCUUACUGGCACUUACAAAUGGUAUGGGGGUAACCUGGUCGAUGGUAGCUGGUCCUCAGAAGGUUGCGUCUGAUGAAGCGGAGCAAGAGGUUGCCGGCUAUUUCAUGCCCUUCGCUCUAGUAGACGGUAUCCUAUGGGGUAGUGUCCUCGCACUUCUAUUAAAUGUUGCCCUUGGACAGUGAUUUACGACUGAGAGUUUGAUGUUGGAUUUCUUAGGAGGACACCUGCAUUGGCAUUCGGAGGAUCCUCACGACUGGGGCCUCGUACGAUUUUCUAUUC